AUGUCUCAAUGGUUGUCAACAGCGACCGCUGGACAGCACAAUGGCUCAGGGACGGCGACGGCAUCAGAGCAGCAAAAGCCACCGCCACAACAGAGACGCAAAGUUCACAAGCUCAUCAUGCAGCUGGGGGCACGAAUGACAGAGUUGGAGGCGGGGGACUCGAGCUGCAGGUGCCAACAGGACCUUCCUGUCAUCAUGGAGAUGAGCGCUACGAGGCAGAGGCACGACCACUCGGUCGAAGAGAAGGGGGCGCAGCACACUUUCGGAUCGCCACCUUCUCUCGCCUUCAGCAAGACGGACACGACACGAAAAGACGAAGAGGUGCAGAAAAUGCUCAAGGCCAAGGCCAAGUUCAGAGAGCUCGAGGAAGGAGGCAAGCCCGACGAACUGGAGGAGUGGGUGCACAGCUGCAGGGACGCAAAGAAGCCAGAGGAGGACCCAGACCAAAGCGCAAGACACCAUCCAUCGAAGAUCGGCACGGCCACAAACAAAGCAAGGCCACACAUCGACAGGCUGCAGGCGCAGGAGCUCUGUCAAGUGGGGGAUGCACGGCAGACAGGGACAGCACCAGGGGGGCGAACAAGCUAUCAGAUGCGCAGGACAUGA